AUGGUGGGGCCAGGGCGGGGCGGGGGUGCGCGGGGCGGAAAGGGGGCGGCGGCGGCGGGAGGCGUGUGCGCGCGCGGGCGCCGCGCGGGGAUCAGCGCCCCGCCGGGACGGCCUUCUCCAUUGCUUCUGGCUGCCGCAGGACGCGCGAACCGGGAGCGGCGGCUGGAGCUCCGCUUACGGGCCGAGCCUGAAAUCAGUGGAGACACAGCACACACCACGGGCUAUUCCCCCAGAAGAAAGAGGCCUUCACUUGAAGCCGGGGAGUUCUCCCUGUUGGAAGCGGUGGGUUUCCUGGUUUCCUGCCCAGUUUCUGGGCUCUCCUUCGCUGCCUUUUCUCCAAACCAGAUGCCUGAUGGCUGUGGUCCCCGCAGGCUGGAGAUGGGCCAGCCGAGCCACCUGCGUUCCUUCUCCACCGACAUCACAGAUGCACCUGCUGGGCUCGGAACUGUCCAAGGGUCUGUGAAACCAGAUCCCUACCUUGUUCCUCUUCACUGGGGCCACACAAAAGCCUCCCAUCCGGACAGUGACAACAAGAGCCAGCUCAUGUUUCCAGUCGGGCCAGAGGAAGCAUGUCUGGGGCAGCCAAGAGGAGCUUCUGGGGGGAGGGGUGCCCAGUCCAAGUGGACACGCCUGAAGAGGCCAUGUGUAUGCUCAGCUGCCUGGGGAAGCAAAGCCAGCCGGUAGCUGCUGCCAAGCUGUUCUCAAAGUGUGGUCCUCGGACCCGCGGCGUCACAUCACCUGGGGACUUAUCAGGAAUAUGUAUUAUUGGGCCCCACCUGAGACCUGCAGAAUCAGAACCUCUGGGCUUGGCAGUCAGCACUUUAUGUUUUUUUAAGUUUAUUUAUUUAUUUUUGAGAGAGACAGAGACAGCGCAAAUGGAGGAGGGGCAGAGAGAGAGGGGAAGGGAGAGAGAGAUCCCAAGCAGGCUCCGUGCUGUCAGCAUAGAGCCCGACCUGGGGCUCGAACCCACAAAGCCAUGAGACCAAGAGUGGGAUGCUUAACCGACUGAGCCACGCAGGCGCCCCUUGAUAAGCCGUCCAGGUGAUACUGAGGACACUCAAGUUGGAGAACCUUUGGCUAAAGUUGGCCGUGAUAGUAGGUCCUGAGCCCUGGGGUGGGAGGCAGGGCUAAGGGGAUUGUGGGUGAUGCCAGGGGUUUCCCGUCAGAGCCGCCUCAUCCAUCCGUCCUAGAGAGGUGUACAAAUAUUCUUUUCUAGGUGUGCCAGCAGGUGAAAGAGGUUUGGGAGCCUGCCCGAGAAGCUUGUGACAGGGAGAAGUGCUGAGCAGGAUGUAACCUUCUGCAGGAUGCACAGAUAAGUAUUUACUCCGACGUGGAGAGCGCGCUUCCCGAUUCCCGAGUAACCUGACAAUGGAGGCCAACGUUAUGUGCAAACCCUUUUGCCCAAAAUGAGCCCGCCGUGUCGCAGGCAGGCCCUCUGCUUCUCGAUUUGGGGUCAGCAGGGACAGGGAAUGGAGGGGGCACACAGCUGAGCUGGGGGAUGCCUGCGGGAAGAACCAAGCCUGCCAUGGUGCCACUGGGACAGCCCUGGGGCAACGUGGCCGGAAGCCACACGGCCGGGGGCCACAGGAGCGGUUCACGGAUUCCACUGAGGAGCGGUCUCUGGCAAAAAAAACACCACGACCUUCCCCGUUUUACAGAAGUUGUGCCAGACAGUUGAGCUGAGGCAGCACACCUGUCAACUGUCCCAGUUCAGGCUCGCCUCGGAGGUACCGUGGGUUCCCUUCCAGACCAGCACAGAAAAGCGAUUCAAAUGAAUGUUUUGGUUUUCAAGUGCGUAUGAAGGUUAUGUAUACGCUGUACUGCAGUCUAGUGUGUAGUAACCUUGUGCCUAAAAAAAGACCUGUCUUAAUUACAAAAUACUUUAAUGCUUGGGCGCCUGGAUGACUCAGUCAGUUCAGCAUCCAACUCUCGAUUUCGGCUCAGGUCAUGAUCUCACGGUCCAUUGUGGGCUCUGUGGUGACAGCGCAGAGCCUGUUUGGAUUCUCUCUGGGUCUCUU